UGGAUAGCCAACAAAAUUACAAAAACAUAUUUAAAUAGUAAAAAAUAUGUUAAUUUAACGUGUUAAAGUUUAAAAACAAAUUUUAAUUAUGACAUGUAUCUUAACAUUUAUAUAAAUAUAUAUCAUAACCUAAAUAUAAAUGAUUUAACAAUUUAAAUUAGAAAAAAAUAAAAAAUCCCGGGCGUAGCCCGGAUUAAUCCCUAGUAUAAUUAAAAGUUUAACAAAUGUAUAGCUGUUGCGAAUAUAACAUACUGGCCUAUAUCUACCUAACAUUUUAUUUUGUUUGUGUUUACAAAUUCAAACUAACUUAUUAUCAACAUUUGAAUAUCUCUGAGUAUGAUAGUUAGGCAUGUAAUAUAUAGUUAAGAAAUCGUAAUUAUAAUUUAAAAGAAAAUAGAACAAGCAAAAGAAGAAGAUAUUAUUGGAGAAUCUUUCUUUAGUCUUAGUUGGAAGAUAUUGUUCUUAAAGGUAUCCCUAUUCUAAUAUAGAGGCGUGGGGUUCUUGGACCAAACUACAUAUUACCACAAGGCUUAAGAUAAAGUAAUAAUACCCUCUAAAAAAUUUUGUAAUCAAAAGACGGUUACUAUCAUAUUUGGGCACUAUUCUAUAAACAUAUUUAUUUAAAUCCAAUUGCUCGUUACGUGUACACAAGGUAAGCUAGACUUAUGUGCCACAAUAAACACACACAGAAUUUACAAGUUUGAAAUUAGUGACAAAACCAUUUUAUAUAUAUAAAAAUGCUAGUGUACUGUGUACGUCAUACAUGCAUGUACAAAUGCCGCUUUCGGUAUUUAAUUUUAGUAAAAGCAACGAUAUCUAAAUUUUCUCUAACUGUAUAUGCUUUAAAAAACAUAUUGAUAUUGCCAAUAUGGAUUUUUCUGAAUUUUGUGUUUGAAUGAUAAUUUGAGAUAUUUUGUCGGAGAUGGAUAUUUGACAAGUAAACAAAAUUGAAUUAAAAUCCAAGUUUAGGUACGAAUUGACUUUUUCAAAAGUCUACUCAAUAAAUUGUAAAAGCUGAAAUGACUAACGGGUUUAGAUGGGAAACGGAAGAAAACCCUAAACAACAAACAGUCCAUUUUUUCCUUCUUUAUAUAAACCAAUGUUGCCCAAAAGGCAUUUUCUCCUCAAAGAAAAAAAAAUAAGAUAAAAGAGGAAACAAAAUCUCGAAGAGAAAGAGAGAUAUGGGUGAGGUGGCUUAUAUGGACGAAGGAGACUUAGAAGCAAUCGUGAGAGGCUACUCUGGCUCCGGAGAAAGCUCCGGCGGGUCUUGCCUCCCAUUUGAGACGGCUAGUUUCUACGAACCGGAGAUGGAGACAACUGGUUUAGAUGAACUCGGUGAACUCUACAAACCUUUUUAUCCUUUCUCUACUCAAACUAUCCUCACGAGCUCCAUCUCUGUUCCCGAAGAUUUAAGAAGUUUCCGAGAUGAUAAGAAACAACGAACCCAUGGCUGUCUUCUGUCUAACGGAUCAAGAGUUGAUCAAAUCAGAAUCACAGAGUCCAAAUCGAAGAAGAGCAAGAAGAACCAACAGAAGAGAGUUGUUGAGCAAGUGAAAGAAGAGAAUCUGUUGUCAGACGCAUGGGCGUGGCGUAAAUAUGGGCAGAAACCCAUCAAAGGAUCUCCGUACCCAAGGAGUUAUUACCGGUGCAGCAGCUCAAAGGGGUGUUUAGCAAGAAAACAAGUUGAAAGAAAUCCUCAGAACCCGGAAAAGUUCACCAUAACGUAUACGAACGAGCACAAUCAUGAGCUACCAACCCGGAGAAACUCACUAGCUGGUUCAACUCGAGCCAAAUCUUCCCAACCUAAACCGUCCAUAACCAAAAAAUCUGGAAAACUAGUGGUUUCUUCUCCCACAAGUAACCCGGUGAUCACAUCCGCUGAUGAAUCUUCCGUUGCUGUUCAAGACAUGGGGAUUUCAGAAAUGAGUACCUACCAAGCAACCGAAGAAAUAGAAGGCAUGAGUACCAGUUUACCAUCGGAUUUGUUGUCUGGAAUGGGAAAUUUUCCAUGCUUUACUAGUGACUUCGAUGAACUAUUGAAUAGCCAAGAGUUCCUCAAUGGGUACUUAUGGAAUUAUUAGAGAACGUUAGGUGUGUAUGAGUAUGAAUAUAUAGUCAAAUUUAUAUUAUAGUUGCAUUGCGGCCGUUGAGAAAAAAUGUAUAAAUGUCUAGUCUCUGUAGGAGAUUAGAGCGUCAUAGUUUUCUUCUUGUUUCCAGCUUAACUUUUGAGUUUAACCUAAUAAAAUUCGUUUUUCCUU